CGUGGACAAACAACAGCAUCAUCAGCUUCCUAAGAAGCAAGAUAUGAAAUGACACUCUAAAUCGCUACCACCACCACCACCGCCGCCACCAUCUCCGCCCUCGCACCAAGUUUCCAUCUUUGAAACUUCUGCCUCUUUCUUCAAUUUCGGAUCCAAUCUUUUUUCCUAUUCUCUACGAUGGCCAAAUCGAAUUCCGAUAAUCCGAUCCGGAAGGUUCUCGGAUUGGGAUAUUGGGUUCAGGGUUUCCGUUGUUUCCCGUGGAUGGCGGUUAACUUUUUCCUCAAGGACGGCCUCAAUGUCGACCCUUCUACUCUUCAGCUUCUUCAAAAUUCCGCCAAUCUUCCUAUGGUUGCCAAGCCUCUCUACGGGAUUCUCUCUGAUGCCGUUUACAUUUCCGGCCAACAUCGCAUCCCUUACAUCGCCAUUGGAGCUUUCUUACAGGCAGUGUCAUGGUUACCCAUAGCACUUAUGCCACCAUCUAGGAUUUCAGUUUUCACCAUUAGCAUAUAUCUUCUACUUAGCAACCUCGGCGCUUCAAUAGCUGAGGUUGCUAAUGAUGCCAUUGUUGCAGAGGCAGGAAAACAGCCCACUUCUUCCAAGAAUUCUCGAGCAUCUUCCUCGGGUGAGCUCCAGGCAUUUGUUUGGGUUGCAUCUUCUGCUGGUGGAAUUCUUGGAAAUCUUCUUGGAGGCGUUGCUAUUGAUAGGUUCUCACCCCAAGCAAUGUUCCUAUUCUUUGGCCUUCUUCUUUCACUUCAAUUCUUCUUAACCAUCAUUGUUCGUGAACGCUCUCUUAAUCUCCCUCAAAGCUCAACGAAUGCUGGUAUCAACAAACAACUCUCAGAACUCGCAGCCGUGCUAAAAAGACCUGAAAUUGCUUAUUCCAUAAUGUGGCUUGCUGUAUCUUACAGCAUAACACCUGCAUUGACAGGCACCAUGUUUUUUUAUCAGACAGAGCAUUUGAAAAUUGAGUCAUCUGUUUUAGGCAUCUCUAAAGUUUUUGGCCAAGCAGCCCUGCUGUUAUGGGGCGUAAUUUACAAUCGCCAUCUGAAGUCAAUCCCGUCUAGGAAACUUAUUGCAAGUAUUCAGGUUUCAAUGGCGGUGUUUAUGAUCUCAGACAUGCUGUUUGUGAAGGGAGUCUAUCGAGAAAUGGGCGUGCCAGACUUCAUAUACGUUGUUUUAUUCUCUGGACUUUCGGAGGUUCUGUUAUUCUUCAAGAUCUUGCCAUUCAGUGUUUUGAUUGCUCUGCUUUGCCCACCAGGAUGUGAGGGCUCUCUCAUGGCUUUUGUAAUGUCAGCCAUCGCCCUUGCGUUCAUCGUGAGUGGAUGUCUCGGUGUAGCGCUUGCUUCUUAUGUUGGUGUAACCGCAAAUGACUUUUCUGGCCUUGCUCGUGGUUUAAUAAUACAAGCAGUGUGCACUCUUCUGCCACUGUCUUGUUCAUGGUGCAUUCCUGAUGAUAUCAAAGCCAAAGACAGAAGAAAAGACUCCAAAAAACAGCUGUAACACUGUGGAAGACUUGAUAGCAUGAUUAAGCGCACUAAGCUUUAUUCAAAACAAAGAGAGUUAUCAAACGGGUGCUAGUAUUCAAAAAUUUAAAGUUACUUUGAUGAUCCUACCAUUUAGCUUUUUGAGAUGGGUCUAGGAAUGUAUAGUAAUUUAUCACGAACAUCUCCGUUAGUUUUAUAUGGUGAUGUAAUAUUUCGAUAUCUAAAUAAACUGUCCUUUUAGUA